UCACUUAGUCAUGAGACGGCAGACGGCAAUGGGCAAGUGAAACUCGACAAUGCGCGGGCGCAGGCCGUGAGAGAGGAACAUGUUCUGUUGAUAAACAUGUAACGUUGCAGUUUAUGUGAAAAUGUUUAUUAAAUAUUGUGAUUUGGUGCCAAAGUUAAUUAGUUUAGUUAUUUUAGUGGCUUUCCUGACAGAAUGCAGAUGUCUCGUGCUGCGCGCGUAUAUCUCGCAGCAUGGGCUACACGGUGAGAUCGAGUUCUCCAACAAGAACGACACGCUCAUCAGCAUAAGGACCAACCUGAAGCCCACGUUGCAGCACCCCGACGGCGUCUGGCGGUGGACCGUGCAUGAGUUCCCUGUCGACUAUCAAGACCUUUCUGACGAGAGGUGCUCUGAUGCAAACCUAGGCACAGAGCUCAUAGAUCUCACUGAGGAACUGGGAUAUUUAAUAAUACCUGGCAAAGAUCACGCCGAGUUCGAAAGUAAAAACAGCUUGAGUGGCCCUCUGGGGUUGUGGGGGAAGAGUAUAGUGUUGGAGACUGCGGAAAGGGACAGAGUUGUGUGCGCAUCUAUUCUGUCUACGGAGAAACUUUACGAGAAGUAUGCGGAAGCUAGAUUUAUGUCACCUAUCGCCGGAAGUCUCACCUUUCGCUGGCUGUACACGCGGGACUUCGACGAGUCAGACGCGUUCCUGCUCGCGGAUUUGUACCAUACGAAGGCUAAUCAGGACAAGGGGGAGUUCACGCAGCACAAAUGGAAGCUAUUCGUGACGGACAUAUUCGACUCGGACAAGGGCAACUACGAGGACAACUGUAACGUGCUGCAGGCGGUGUUCGACCCCGAGAACAGCGGGGACGGAAUGAGCGUGGGUGACCUGGACUCGCGCCUGGGCCUUAUCCGCGUGGCGACGGAGCCGGGCACACACCGGCUGCGGCGGCUAUACAAGGACGAUGUGCUGGGACUGCUGCGCGCAGACAUGGAGGUGACGCGCCGCAGCCUCUACGUCGUCAUCUACGACAACCGGCACGCUGACAGCUUCCUCGCGUGUGCCAAGCUGCGCGCCAGCCAGCCCAAGAACGCCAAGGCGUUGAUAAACAUGGACGGUAUCCGGGGGACGGUGGACUUCGUGCAGCGGUCGCCGUUCGACCCGACGUGGGUAAACUUCCAGUUGGGCGCGGCAGACCAGGAGUACGAGUCUAACCUGCGAUUCGUGGGCGCCAUGCAGCAGUACAACAUCCGGGAAGUGCCGGCGCGUCUGCUCGGCCCCGACCUCGUGCACUCCAUGUGCAACACCACUGGAGAACUCUACAACCCUACCGGCAUUAAUCUGAACGAUGUGCCGCCGCCAGGUAUGGGUACGAUGGACCAGUAUCCGGUGGGUGCGCUUCUGGGCAAGUACAAGGAGCGCACGGAAUACCUCAACCACCGCUACCUCCUACCGGGGCUGGCCGACGAGCUGAGCGGCGCCUACUGGGACGUCUACCUACCGCUCUAUGGCCGGCACAGCGUCAUGCACAGGCCACUAGUACUUGAGAGACGACCUCCGAAGCAGGAGGUAUGCGGCACGCUGCUCUCCUACGAAGACAACACGGAGUACCAGACGCCGAUGACCUCCGCACAGGUCAUCUUCCGCUAUCCACUGGUCGGCCGCGUCAUAUUUCGACAGCCCGCCAGCGACACCGUCAUCGAGGUCAACCUGCGCUACCCCGGCGACCGCGACCGCAACCUGACGCAUGGUCACAAGUGGGAGAUAUUCGUGAACCCGGUGGGCGUGGACGCGGCGGUGAAGGUGACCAACACGCGCUGCGUGGCCGGCGGCUACAGGUGGAACCCCUACUUCACGCAGCUCGCAGACCCGCUCAAUCACGAGUUGUACGAGGCGGAGUGCGGCGCGGACAACCCGCUGCGCUGCGACGUGGGCGACCUCACCGCGCGCCUCGGCACUCUCACGAUAGGAGGCGAGCGGCAGAUGUUCAUGGACAGCAACUUCCCGCUGGAGGGUGCGGUGUCGGCGAUGGGGCGCUCGUUGGUGGUGUUCGGCGCGGGCCGCAGCGGGGAGCGCUUCGCCUGCGCCAACAUACAGCCCGACAAGGACAUCAUCAAAUACGUGAACAUCAUGAAGCCGCCGAGAUUCGUGCUCGGCGCGUUCCUGGAGGAGAUGCGCGCGGUGAUGGGGGUGCCGACGUGGAUGGUGGGGGUGGACGCGCGGCGCACGCGCGAGCUGCACCACGGCGCCUGCGUGCAGGUGCUGCUGCACUUCACCGGCCCCGACGCCAACAGGCUGGAGCUCGACUUCACCAGACUGCUGGCGUCGGGGCGGCUGGACUCGCCCAGCAUCUUCAUUCCGGGCUACGUGAACAGCAAGCGCAAGCGCACCACCUCGCACCGCCACUGCGGCGUCACCGACCCCAAUGAGAGGAAGAGGAACUUGGAGGGUCCGUUCCUGUUCUUCGGGCCCCGGACACUGGAGAAGUACAGGCGGACGGCGCUGCGGGCCCUGGAGCAGGAUGACCUGAUGCGGAUCUACGGCGAGCAGCCGGCCAUCGUGGUGUUCAACAACCAGGAUGCUGUGCCGCUCUCCAGCGGGUACUUCCCCCGGCUGAGGAAGAUGCUGGAGCGGCUGACCGUCAUCGCGUUGCCGCAGGACUUCCUUGACGUGCACCCUGACUACGUCAGCAAUGAGACUCAGGUGCUGAUUCUGCAGGGUCCGUGGUCGGAGCGCGACGCACAGAUGACGGAGACGUUUGCCCGGCUGCAGGACAUAUACGGGCCGGGACGCGUGCUCGGCGUCCUGGGCAAUUCGGUGUCGCAGAGCCAGGCGGAGUUCUUGGGACUCGAGGAUGCGGAGCUAGGUGAGUGGGGUGAAAUGGGCAGGGUAAAACGCGAGGCCUCGGAAGCUCCUAGCUCCACGCAGCUCGUGCCCGCUGCUGAUGACGACAAGCCCGCCAAAGUGCUGCCGAAGUACGCCCUCUACAAUGCUACUGGUCCGCCGGGGAAGGCGGCGCUGCUGUACUCGUCGGGCUGGCCAGAGCUGCAGUGGCCGGACGGCAGCGUGACGGUGCUGGACACUCCCAUUGGCGAGCCUACUAUCAAGCCUACGCGUCUCUACACGAUCCUGGUGGUGCGCUUUGCCGACGGCGACAACACUAGAGACAAGAUAACUUUGGAGUUCAGCUUUAAGCAGUCGGCGGGCUGGUGGUCUGCGGCGGGGGUGGAGGUGAGGCGCGGGCGCGGCGCGGGGCUGGGCCUGCUGCCGCCCGCGCCCCCCGCCGCGCCCGCCGCCGUGCUGGGCCGCGCCUACACCUGCCCGCAAGCGCUCGUCUACGCGGCUGAGAACGCCACUCUCACUUUUCCUGAUAUAAUGAUGCAACCAUUCAUGGAGAACACUCAGAAGUUUGCCGACGCUUUCGACUGCAUCGGCUUCACCUCAGUUCCGAUAUGGUCGGGACUGAUGGUGUCUUGCAUCAUGGCGCUUGCGCUGGCGGUGUCGGUCUGUAUGAUCAUGGACAUCAAGACCAUGGAUCGCUUCGAGACGAGCCGCAGCAAGCAGCUCACAAUAACUGUCAGCGAAUAAACAAUUGCAAGAAAAGCAACCCUCCGCGGAUCGCAUGCUGUCGUGACACUAGUUCUUUGGGCGGUUAUCGAAAUGUCCUUUUAUUAAAUUAAUAAUAUGUAGUUGAAUAUGUAUAAGUAGUGAAAAUAAGAAAAAAGUAUAGAGCUAGGAUGCCGUGUGGCGCCGGCGUUAGAAUGUCGUCACCCCAUUUCCUCCCGCGGGUGUCGUAAGAGGCGACUAAGGGAGUCCCGCGGGGGCCGCUCCGCCGACCUGCGAGCGUCGCGCUGAGGACGGCGACGUGCGUCGUUGGGCGCGGCUGCCGCCUGCUCGUUGCCGCACGCUCCCGGACGUGCGGCCCUCAAAGCGCAGCCUUUGACGAGCAGCGAGCGCCGGCACACCUUGACGCACGCGCGGUCUCGCCGUCAGCGCUACCUCGAGGCCCAGCCCCCAUUCCCGUGCUGUUGUGGGAAUUAAAAAGAAUGCAACAGCUGCUUAUCCUCCCGGGCAUGCCGUACGAGGCGGCAGAGGGAUGUAAAUACUACCUAACACCUCGGGGAGAAACCGGGCUAUUCUUAAGUUACUGUGCGCGUUGAUGCCGUUAUUAGUUGUAAGUAUUAGGUUAUGCGGUUGGUGUCCUGGAACAUAGGUUUUCGGGAUUCCUUGGGGGUCACUUAAGCUAGAAAGUAAUCUGCAUUAGAGUGCACUUCGCCUGUAAUAUGGCGUCGCGGCCGUUUGUGGGGAUUUGCAGUAGUCGUGUCCAGUCGCCGGGCCCAGCGAGCCGGCGGCGGCGAGCACGCGUCCGAGUCGUCACUCGGCGUCCCCCGGCGCGUGCUCCCCCGCACGCCCGCCGGACGCGGCGCCGCCCUAAAUCCUUCAAACGACGCCAUGCCC